CAAUCCCAGUUUUUUCUUAAUUAGGCGUAGAUUUGAAGUCCAGUCCAAGCGACAACGACACAGCAACAACGGGCCCACAAAUAAAUUAUCUUUCCCUCUCUAUUUUACAUUUUUUUAACUCUUCAUGUUCAUUUCUGGUGCACACAAAAUCCCAAGUGUUUUUCAACAUACUUCUCUCCGGCAUAAUCGUUUCUCACGAGUCACGUUUCUCUAGUUUCAAGCUCUUCGAUCUGUGCAUUUCGGAGUUUUCUUCCAUUUCUUAGCUUCUCCGGCAUAAUCAGCUUUCAGUUUUCAAGCUGUUCGAUUUGUACAUUGCGCUUCAUAUUGGAGGAAAACGCCGCAUUCUAGGGUUAAUUACUCGAUUAGCAGUGGCGUCUCCGACGGUUCGAGAAGCAGAUUCGUUGGUUUUUCUUGUGGAAAUUAUGAAGGAACUGGACAUUUGUGAAAAUUAUGAGUUUGAUUAAGUGCUAUUGUUCUAUGACUUAUCUGGGCAUUACCAUUGAGGGUGCUACUGUGUUUGACUCCUGGAGCUCUUCUAGUCUGGCAUUAGUUGAAUUGAAUCCUAAAUGAUUAAACAGUUGUAUUGACAAUAAAAAUGAAGAAAUGGUACGGAGGUGUUUUAACAACAUCCUUGUUGAUGUUUUUGGUUCUGGGGUACUGUGUGAUGAGGAAACCUGUCAAGGAAAGUUAUGUUACAAGUUCUGUCUACUUCAACAUGACAAAUCCUCUUGAAUGGAUAAAUGCUAUGGCUCCACCUGCAGCUCACCAGCCAGAAAAAAUUACUCAAGUGAUAUCUGCAGAAAUUGUUGUCUCUGAUCUCUUUAUUAAGAGGAACCUGUCAGCUCAGGAGCAACAAUCUUUGUCUACGUGGUAUCAGUUGAAACGCUUAGUUACUCAUGAUCAAGUCUUACCUAAUGCUAUAGAGGCAGUUAAGGAAGCCAGUGUUGCAUGGAACAACCUCAUGAGUGCAGUAGAGAGGGAAAAACUUGAUGCAAAUGAUAGUUCAGUUAAGACCGGGAAACAGAAACAAUGCCCUCAUUUUCUCAGCAAAACCAAUGCUACAGAAAUUGAUGCCAGUGGCUUUAAGUUGCGGUUUCCUUGUGGUCUGACUCAGGGUUCUUCCAUCACAAUAAUUGGCAUUCCAAAUGGUCUUCUUGGGAAUUUUCGGAUAGAUUUGACUGGUGAACCACUUCCAGGUGAACCAGAUCCUCCUGUUAUUCUGCAUUACAAUGUUAGGCUCCAUGGUGAUAAAAUAACUGAGGAUCCCGUAAUUGUACAAAACACCUGGACAAUUGCACAUGACUGGGGUGAAGAGGAGCGCUGUCCCUUACCAUCGGAUGAAAAGAGUAAGAAAGUGGAUGAAUUGGAGCAAUGCAAUGAGAUGGUGGGAAAUGUCAUAACUCGACAUGUCAUUGCAACAAAUAAAUCUAGCCUGGCUCAGGACGGGUCUAAAUCAAGAAAAUAUUUUCCUUUCAAGCAAGGAUAUCUCUCUGUUGCCACUCUGAGAGUAGGAUCUGAAGGAAUUCAGAUGACAGUUGAUGGAAAACACAUAACAUCUUUUGCUUUCCGUGAAACUUUGGAACCGUGGCUUGUAAGUGAAGUGAGGAUAUCCGGAGACAUAAAAUUAAUUUCUGUUGUCGCGAGUGGUUUGCCAACAUCUGAGGAUUCAGAGCAUAUAAGUGACUUGGAAGCUCUAAAAGCAGUUCCUCUUCCUCCUCGGAAAAGACUAGAUCUCUUUGUUGGUGUAUUUUCUACCGCAAAUAAUUUUAAGCGCAGAAUGGCUGUCCGUAGAACUUGGAUGCAAUAUGAUGCAGUGCGAUCUGGACAAGUUGCGGUGCGGUUUUUUGUUGGCUUGCAUAAAAACCAAAUGGUGAAUGAAGAGCUCUGGAAUGAGGCUAGGACAUAUAUGGACAUCCAGCUGAUGCCUUUUGUUGAUUACUAUAGUCUUAUCGCUUGGAAGACCAUUGCCAUAUGUGUUUUUGGGACGGAGGUCAUUUCAGCAAAGUUUGUCAUGAAGACAGAUGAUGACGCAUUUGUUCGAGUGGAUGAAAUCUUGUCUUCUAUGCAGAGGAUUAAUGUGACUCGCGGAUUGCUGUAUGGUCUUAUCAACUCAGAUUCCCAUCCUCAUAGGAGCCCAGACAGCAAGUGGUUUAUCAGUCCAGAGGAAUGGCCUGAAGAAACUUACCCUCCUUGGGCACAUGGACCGGGUUAUGUUGUGUCCAGUGAUAUAGCAAAAACAAUCAGCUCAAAACAGAGAAAAGGCCGCCUAAAGAUGUUUAAGCUGGAAGAUGUUGCUAUGGGCAUCUGGAUUUCAGAAAUAAAGAAGAAAGGGUUGGAAGUGAAGUAUGAAAAAGAAGAGAGGAUUUUUAAUGAAGGUUGCCGAGAUGGUUAUGUUAUUGCACAUUACCAAGGCCCUAGAGAGAUGCUCUGUCUUUGGCAAAAGAUUGAAGAGAAAAAACGGGCUUUAUGUUGUGGCGAGUAAUACAAAAUAGUUUUUCUUCCGAGUUUUGAAGGCUCGGAAGUUUCUAUUACUAAGAUUUGACAAAGAUCCUGCUGACCUUGUCUACUAACUGACCAAGGAUAUCUACUUGAGGUGGAAUACCAAUUAGGUCGGGAUGAAGAGACCAAACUUGUGCUUAUUCAAGCUGCUAUACCAUGUUGUGGUAUAAGGAGGUAAAGUAGUUACUAGCAUAUUGAUAUAAGUAGGUGAUUAGAUUAGCUUGUUAAACAUAUUACUAGAAGAUUGAUUAGUGAAGAUGAUGGUGGGAAAGGGAUCUGUAUUAUAAAAAGGAAGCUAAAUGGAGGGGCAUUAUACAUUGUAUAGAGAAGCGGGUACACUACGUUCGGUGAUUAUUUUGUAUGUAAAUCACACGAUCUCUCGUACCCAUUUCUUGAGUGAUGGAGAGCAUUGGUAUACAUUGUAUACUACAGUAUGUUUUUACAUUGGAGUUGUCUACCUUAUGUCUUACAGCUACUGCAAUCCUAAGGGGUCGUUUGGUUCUAGUUA